AUGAGUUUUAUAAGAAAGAAGGGUUAUUCAUAUCAAUUCGAUUUACCUCUCACCCACGCGGUCUAUCACAAGGGGUCUAGACAGCUUACGUGGGCCAAGAUACUCACCCUACUGGGCGGUAUAGCUUUGUGUCUCGUUGCUUUAACAAAACAAAUAUCAUUGGGCGUCGGAUAUCCAUUCCAAAAUGAGCCCCCGAACUUACAGAAGUUCCAAGAAUGCUCCAUCCGGAACAUGUUAAGCACGGGUCUAUACUUCCUUGAAGGCGUUACAGCACCAACGGUAGAGCAUUUCGAGUCUCGCAGGAACAGAUUAGCCCACGCGCUCAUUGCAGAUGGUGUCGAUGCAUUUGUGCUUGAGCCAGGCUAUACUUUCGAGUAUUAUGCGAAUAUAAGUCAGCGGGAUUGGGAGCCUUGGGAGCCUGAAGAGCGUCCAUUCUUGAUGGUUGUGCAGCCCCAUCAUGGUCCAGAGACUGGUAUCGUCACAGCGAAGACCAGUUUUCUCUGCCCUGCUUUUGAAACAGAGAGAGCACGACUACUGUCAAUGCCUUUUUCGGAACCUAUUGAUAUAAUUCCAUGGAAAGAGCAUUGGAAUCCCUACGAGACAUUACUCAAAUCGGAAAUAUUCUCCACGAAAGCCUCGGAUCGAAGGCCACGGCUCAUGGUCGAUGAAGAGAUGCGCGAUUAUAUUCAACGUGGUCUUCACGAAAAUGGCUUCGAGGUAGUAGGCUUGCAGAACAAUGUCGAGCGGGUUAGACAGAUGAAAUCUCAGGAAGAGAUCGAUAUACUACGUGCCGUCAAUACAGGGAGUGUGGAAGCUGUUCGGCAGAUGAGGAAAUGUCUAUAUCCAGGGCUCACGGAGACGGAAAUCCAGAACGUUCUCGAUAAUACGCUUCGUGCGGUAGGAUUGGAACAAUUCUUUGAUAUAGUCUUGUUUGAUGAAAAUGCUUCAAACCCUCAUGGCGGUACGAACGGGUCCAAGGCCCUGAGUGCUGAGACAUUCGUUCUCAUUGACGUUGGCGCUCAUCUCUAUGGAUACUCGUCUGACAUUACUCGUACUUUCUUCCCUCCGUUCUUAGAUAGGCCGCAAUUUAAGGAGAAUAUUUCGCCGAACCUGAAGAAAAAGCUCGAAGUCUGGGACGUUGUGUUCGCCGCACAAUCUCGAUCAUUCGAACAACUUCACGCAAACGCAACUGCAGCUAGUGUCGACAUUGCUGCACGAAACGUAAUUGAAUCAGCGGGAUACGGACAUGCAUUCACACAUCGAGUCGGCCAUGGCAUCGGCAUCAAAGCACAUGAAAGUCCAUACAUGAACAAAGUCAAUGAGUUUGGGGUGCGCGUCGAGGAUGUUGUGCUUGUGAAUGGAGAAGACGAGGAACCUACUCUAUUGACUGGACAGCGAGCACGGGGACCAUGGGAUCCUUGA